AUGCGCGGACGGGGUGGAUCUAGGGGCCGCGGCGGCAUCAGGGGAAAGGCUGUGUCGUCUACCAGUCGAGGUUUCCCGCCGCCGCCAGCUCCGUAUGGACACGCCAAUGCCGGCAACCCGAAGCCUCCGCCAGUUCAGGCGCGGCAAGGCGGCCCGGCGUCAACCCAGCAGUCGUUCAGGCAACCUCCAGAGAGCUUGUCUGUGGCGGGAUCCGGGAGUCUCAAACACACGUCGGCGGCAGUGCGUCCCAUGUACGGCAAUGACGUGGUGAGGACCAUGCACGUGCCGGCGGGGAACCCCCAGCCGUACCAAAAGGCGGCGCCGUUCAAAGCCCAGAUGCGGACUCACGGGUCGAAGAGGGCCGCGCCCUCGUACGAACAGGUGCCGCAGGAACACACGAACAUGCAUACUUUCAACGAGCUCAUGAAAACGGGAGUUCUGCAUCCGAUGAUGCUAGGGCAGUUCGUGCCCAUGUUCUCGAUGGGCGCGGCGCACCCGGUGCCGGAACCGGCUGCGGCGCCGCCGAGCUGGAAGCGCACGAGGUCGCCUCCUCCGAAGCGACCCGCGAAGGCUCACGUCGCGGAAGACGCGUACGUGCACAAGAUGGCGACGUUGGAAUACAUGGUGGAUGCAGCUGCGGUGCAGGCCAGGAUGGACUUUAUCAUCCUGGCACUGUCCAAGCUGCAUGACGCGAUGAGCAGGAUAAAGAUCACGAUCCCCAGCAUAUUCAGGAUAAGGAACAACUUCAGGCUAAGGGCCGCAGAGGAAGAGAUGAUUGGAUCCGUUGAGGAGGUUUACCGAUUCGUGCUCAUCACGCACCUCGCGAAGGCGCACAAGCUGCAGCCACCCUACGACUUCCAGAGAAGUGUGGAGGGCAAGAUGCAGGCCAAGGAGCCGCUGUUGCAAUUCGCGGGCGCGAAGUCUAAUCUUGCGGUAAUCAACGUGGAUGAGCUGCAGAGUGUUAUCAGCAACCAGCCGUUGCACUACAACCCGAAUUGGUCCGUGUUGAGGUGGGACGAGGGCGAGGAAGCUAAAGGCAUGAACCCGGCAGUCAGCAACCGGCCGUACUACGUCAGGGCGGUGCAGCGGCAUGUACCCGAGUUAAAGGAUGGCUUUAAGCACGCCGUGUUUCUCAGGGCCAUCAAUGUGCAGAUGUUCGAGGAACACCUGGACGUGGUGCACCUGCUGUGUAACGUGGGCCCCUCCGCGAGAGAAGCGGUUCUUCGAGCGAUGGGGUAUUACGCGCUUAGCUGUGACGACGACGCUUUCAUUACGCUGGCGUCGUCGAUUCUGCCCGCUUUGGAUUCGGAUGCCCAGGUCCAAUUCUACAGGCAAAUCGCACAAUUGAUCGACCCGAGGACAUACCGACUGGCCACCAUAUACGUGGAGCGGUACUUCGAGCGCAUACUGCCCAUGUGCCUCGCUGUUCCCGAUACGCGGGCCUGGGCGUCGACCAUCGUGCUCCUCAUGAGAUCUGUGGAUCCCCUGAGGCUCGGAGUCAAAAGCUCGAACACCGCCAUCACGCUGCUGCGGACCUUGAAGAGCUGGUGCAACGUUUUCGUCAAAUGCGAGGACACGUGCGUCGAGGUGUUCAACAAGUGCAUCCAGUUGGUGCUGCAGGCGGGAGAUGAUUCGAGGAUCGUCAUCAGGGGAGCUGCGGCCGACCUUGCCGUGCAGAUCUGGCUGAAUGCCAAGGGCAAGGCGGCGGUGCUGAACAAAAUAGGGUACGAUACCGUUCGGACCCUGGGUUGCAUCUCAGGGGUGCAGGCGAUCAAGUUCAACAUAUGGUCCGACCUGCUGACGCUGGAGGCGCCAGAGGGCGCUGCGAAGACUCAGCGGGUGCAGCCCCUCGACCUCAUCCUCUCCAGGAUGGACCAAUACGACGCAGUGGAGCAGUCGCUGCACCACGAAGAGUCGGCGUUCGUCAUAUCCUUGCUCACGGCGGAGCCAAGCGUCCUUGGCUACCUGAUAAACUGGUACUUGCUGCGGUACUGCAAAAUCACCAAAACCGUGUUCGCUCUGGAGAAGAUCGCCAGCGUUAUCAGGUUUGCGCUUGUGGCGUACCCCAGGAUAGCAAAGCUUGCGUUGCCGCACACGAGCCACAACGUGGGCACCUUCUGCUGCUGGAUGCUCAACAUGGCCACCAACUGCAGCGUCGGAAGCGGCUGCCUGGAGUUGGCCAACAUCAAGAUGGCGCUGUUCGUGGACUGGCUAUUCUUCAACUACCAGUACAACGCGCGUAUUAUCCGGCUUUGCUUCGGGGCCGCGGGGACUGCGCAGUGCGACCAGGUGCUGAACAACAUGCACCAGUGCCGCCGGCUGUUCGUCAAAGAGCUUGCGAAAUGCGUCUUCAUCACUAGGCGACCGGAUAACACCGCCGUGGAUGAUAAUGCGGCAAAGAUCGACGUCCUGUUAGGAACGAACGAGGUGCUCACGUUCACGUACAACACUGCCGUCGACACCUUCCGGCGCCUGGUUGACUACCUCCUCAACGCCGUGUUGCACUACCACUCAGAGGUUGGGAUUGUGGCCGUCAACGCCAUGUCGGCCAUUUUCAUGGUGUCUGUGCUGGAAAUGCCGAGGGCGCAGCACACGCUGGGGACGCUUCUGCGCGCACUCAAGAACACGAUGCUGGGCAGGAUGUGCUCGGUGCUAGACAUCUCACUCGAGGGCAUUACGGUGUACAUCGCGGAAGUUGGUGACAGGGAGACGACACACGUCUUGCAGCUCAAGACCGCGCUGCAGCCGCUGCACGACAAAUACACCAUGGUGGUGGCGGUGAAGGAAAAACACAGAAACGCGUGCUACGAUGAAACGCUAAAGGCGCUGAUGCUACAGUGCUACGGAAUGGUGCUGGAGUACAUCAUCAACGUGGACUCCCUCAACGCCAUCUACCACGGCAACCACCUCACUGUCGACACGCUCCGGGCCAACCAGGAGCUCGAGCUGCUGGAGCAAACGCAGUGCCCGAAGCUGUACACAAACGUAGCCAUCGUCAACACAGACUCCUCGCAAAGCGGGAAUGGAUCAGCCGUCGGACGCAAUGUCAAUUUACGCGGCGAUGCGAUAAGUGACAUCAGCGACGGGGCGGAUAGUGACUCCAUAAGCGAUAUAAGCAGCGAUGACGACGAGCCGCCGAUAAGCGACAAAUAUAGCAUCUCUGGCGCCAACAGGGAAAAGAACGGCGGCCUUCAAACUGCACGCCACCCCGAUGGCUUGAGCACGACGAGUGAGGGAACGGCGUUGGAAUGUGAGGAAAAGGCGGCGUGUGAGUUGAGCAUGUCCCCUACCAAACUUAGGGAAUUGGUACAGCAGUUUGUGCACGCGUCGAUGGACAAUCCGGCCAAGGAUUUCGCAGCAGACCCACUCUACACGUAUCUGAAGAACAGUCUGGUCGACAGCGGGGAACCUAACUACGCAAUCACGCUGCUCAAAACAGGCGACUCAUCCUACACUUUCAGGUUCGUCCAGAAGCUUCGAAAUGCACCGGAUAAUUCAAAGGCGUACGCAGUGGCCCACGUAGUGGACGUUGUGGCGUCGUACCUGCUUGAGACCGCCCUGCAGUGCCUACAGGACGAUGCGAGCUCCGGCGCGAGCUUUGAUAGCAUCCUGUUCAAAGAGUGGGUUGUUCAUAUAUUCAACGCGUUCGUGCGCCUUUGCGUCGCUGUGUACACCGCUGGGUACGUGUCCAUUGUGUGGGAGCUCCUGUACUAUAUCGCAGCCGUCACGACGGCAAAGCAACAUACGGGGGGGCACGCUAGAAUCGAUGAGGCUAAAAUCCAAAACCAGCCAACCGAAAAAGAUAUGCCUGCUCCGGCGCGCAAAAAACUUCUCAUCGUGGCAACGCUGCUGUUCAACACGGUCGACUCCGUCACGCAGAUCAAAAGUAUCACGCAGGACUCCGUCAUGAUGGAGGCGUUGGAGCAUGUGAUCAAAAGGGUAGUAGGGCGCGUGGGCGCUGAUUUGGCCACAAUUGUGCAGAAUCUCAUGCCCAUGAGGUUCACGCUGGAGACCGUGUUCAAAAGCAGCUUCAACCACUUCGGAAGGCUGCCUUCCAUCAUGGGCAUGGUGCUCAGGAUCGCGCCGGUGACCGCCAUAACCUCUCUCAUCGAUAUAAAGUCCGCCACCAUGUUCAAUGUGUUCAAAGAGGCCUAUCUAAAAGGGUCGGAGGCAGGACCGUACGUGAGGGCGCUGUUCGCGUUGGGGAGCUCCAACCCGAUGCAACGACGGCACAGCUUCAUUGCCUGGCAAAUCGUCUGCCGGAUGUACGAAAUGGCGUUCUGCACGAACAAGAUGCGGCAGACGCUCAAACAAGAGCGGAACUUCCUCAAAGUCACUUCCACGCAAACUCUGCCAAAGAACAUGGGUAAAUUGCCUUUCAUAACUGAGGCGGAUGUUGGAGAGAAUAAGAUCGACAGAGACUCUAUACUGUGUUAUCUUGGCGUUUCUGGCAAUAAGAGAGUUAACUUCAUGUCAUUCCAAAGGGGAUACACAUUUGCCAAGGAGCUGUUCGUGAACGAACACGUCCAACUGUUAUCGCACUCCAUGGUCGACGCGUUCAAGGCUGCGGAUAUCGCACAAAUGCAAAUCGCCCUUUUCUCGGCAUUCCCCAUCUUUGUACACUCCGUGCCCACGCAGGGCGUCAUCCGGGACGUCAUGCAAAGUCUAGCAACCAUCUGGCCCAAGAAACGCGUCAUCAAAAGCCAACAUAUGCAGUUUGUGUGUGAUAUGCUGCUCGCGCUGAUCACUCACUGGCUGGCCCGAUACCCGCAUCUGCUUACGGUGUUCGACCACGGCCUGCCGAACAUCCGAGACGCGCUGGACCAGCUGGCCAUUAAGUACUCCGCGGGGCGAACGAUGCAGUUCGCCUUCAACGGCACCACGCUUAAGGUACAACUGGAGCACGUGCUCGCACUCAGAAAUGCUGUUUAA